AUGCCCCGACCCGACCCGAAGAUAAUCCGGGUUAAACAAAAGCUUUUCAUUUCCACCGAAGAGAGGGCUCUGUUUAGGCGCAAAACAAUGGAGACCUUAGUAGAAGCGGCGCUUCGAGUCUUGAACACAGCCGACCCCUUCGAGAAGGCCCGACUCGGCGACUCAGUCGCCUCACAAUGGCUCAAUGGAACCAUCACUCUCCCUUAUGACCCAUCCCUCCACCUCCCCGUUCCUGACCGCCCCGCCAGGCUCACUGACGUGAAGCUCGUGGCGCCGAGUCAGAUGCCGAAGCUCGGUAGAGGCGGCAGCUUGCAGAGCAGGCAGGCCAUGGUUCACAGCUUGGCCCACACCGAGAGCUGGGCCAUUGAUCUGUCCUGGGACAUAAUCGCGAGGUUUGGUAAGCAAGAGGCAAUGCCGGUAGAGUUCUUCACUGAUUUCGUCAAGGUGGCGCAGGACGAAGGGAGCCACUUCACUCUGCUGGCGGCGAGGCUGGAGGAGAUGGGAUCGUUUUAUGGGGCUUUGCCGGUUCAUGACGGGCUGUGGGACUCGGCAGCUGCUACUUCGGAUGAUCUGCUGGCGCGGCUGGCGGUGGAGCAUUGUGUCCACGAGGCGAGGGGGUUGGAUGUUUUGCCCACGACCAUUGCGAGGUUUCGCAAUGGUGGUGAUGAGGAGACGGCAGGAUUGCUGGAGAGGGUGGUGUAUCCGGAAGAGGUCACGCAUUGCGCUGCGGGGGUGAAGUGGUUUAAGUAUGUUUUCCUGAGGUCGAUGGGAAAGGGGUUGGAUGGAGAUGAGGAAGAGGGAGUGGUUGGAAAGUUUCAUGAAGUUGUGAGGAAGCAUUUUAGGGGGCCUUUGAAGCCUCCUUUCAAUGAAGAAGCGAGGAAAGCUGCAGGAUUUGGUCCGAAAUGGUAUGAACCUCUUGCUGUCAAAGAGAGCAAGGUUACUACUGCAACUAGUACUACAGCAAUUUGA